UCUGCACAUUGCGCUCGGAACGACAUUGAUCUGAAGCAAUCGAGUCAAAUCAUGGCCACAACGAGUCCACCCAAAGGCAGCUAUGGCUUCAUCGGUCUGGGUAACAUGGGGUUCGGCAUGGCAAAGAAUGUUCGUCAGAAAAUGCCGGCAUCCUCCAAGCUCCUCGUCUGCGAACUGGUGCAAUCUCAACGAGACGAAUUCUGCUCGGCGGUGGAGGGAGAUGUAGAGGUUGCGCGCACCCCGAGGGAAAUUGCCGAGAAAUGUGAUAUCAUCAUCACUUCUCUCCCCAAUGCGGCAGCGGUCAAAAAGGUCUUCCUUGACCCCUCGACUGGUCUUCUAUCCGGUUGUCCCAAAGACAAAGCCAUCCUCUUCCUGGAGACAUCAACGAUUGAAGCGAGCGCGUCUCUCGAGGUUCUCGAUGCGGUCAAAUCCUCGGCGCUCGCAGCCUCAUUCCUCGACGCGCCCGUUUCCGGCGGGAUCCCUCCAGCGCACGCUGGAACAUUGACGUUCAUGGUUGGAGGGCCCGAGGACGUCUUCGAAAAGGCGAGACCCAUUAUGGCCACCAUGGGCAAACCCGAGAAUCUAAUUCACUGUGGUGGUCCCGGGGCCGGGUUGGCCACGAAGCAAAUCAACAAUUACAUAGCUUAUUGCAGCUAUGUCGCGCUGUGUGAAGGGAUGAACACGGGUCUCAAGUUUGGACUGGACCCCAAGGUUCUAAAUGGCAAGACAGAUGUGAUCAAUGCGUCGAGCGGUCAGUGUUGGAAUAGCCUUCACAUGAAUCCGGUCAAAGGCGUCUUGCCCAACUCCUCGGCCUCUCGAGAUUUCAAAGGCGGCUUCAAGACCGAGCUCGCCCAAGGCGUGACCCGUCAAAUGACCAAAUUGAUGGAAGAGGUCGGCGCCAAGUCCGUUUUCGGUCCUGUAAUGGACGACGUAUGGGCUCGCGCGGUGGAAAGCGACUUGUGCAAGGAUCAAGAAUCCAGGAGCAUUUGGCGGCUGUUCACCGAAGAGGAUGGCAAGUUGUUGGGCAAGACUAAGAUCGAGUGA